AUGCGGGUGCUCGUGGGCGGCGGCACGGGCUGUGGGACCGCCCUGACCCAGCUGCUGAGGACGCGGGGCCACGCGGUGACGCUGGUGUCGCGGAAGCCCGGGCCGGGCCGGAUCACGUGGGAGGAGCUCGCCAGCUCCGGGCUACCCAGCUGCGAUGCCGCCGUCAACCUGGCCGGGGCGAACGUCCUCAACCCCCUCCGGAGGUGGAACGAGGCCUUCCAGAAGGAGGUUCUGGGCAGCCGGCUGGAGACCACCCGCAUGCUGGCCCGCGCCAUCGCCGAGGCCCCCGAGCCCCCCAAGGCCUGGGUGGUGGUGACAGGCGUAGCGUACUACCAGCCCAGCCCGACGGCUGAGUACGACGAGGACAGCCCGGGCGGGGACUUCGACUUCUUCUCCAGCCUGGUGGCCAGGUGGGAGGCGGCGGCCAGGCUUCCCGGGGACGCCACGCGCCAGGUGGUGGUGCGCUCGGGGGUCGUGCUGGGCCGCGGCGGCGGCGCCCUGGGCCACAUGCUGCUGCCCUUCCGCCUGGGCCUGGGCGGCCCCCUGGGCUCGGGCCGGCAGUUCUUCCCCUGGAUCCACGUCGGGGACCUGGCGGGGAUCCUGACGCACGCCCUCGAGGAGAGCCACGUGCACGGGGUCCUGAACGGGGUGGCCCCGGCCUCCGCCACCACCAACGCCGAGUUCGCCCGGGCCCUGGGCGCCGCCCUGGGCCGCCCGGCCCUCCUCCCCGUGCCCGGCCUCGUGGUGCGCGCCGUGCUGGGGCGGGAGCGCGCCACCAUGCUGCUGGAGGGCCAGAGGGUGGUCCCGCGGCGCACGCUGGCCGCCGGCUACCAGUACGCCUUCCCCGAGCUGGGCGCCGCCCUCCGGGAGGUGGUGGCCGCGGCCUAGGCAGCGGGGCCCGGGGCCCGGCCCAGGGCGGCCGCCUCGCCUCGCACUGCUGCUCCACCCGAUCCAGAAGGCCUCAGCCAAGCUCACCAAGCCCAGCCCCUCACCUCUCCAGCUCCCCGCUCCCCGUGUUACAUAGCAGAGAACAGGCCCGCGCCU